AAGGGAAAAGGCUCGCAAAUAUUGCUCACGAGAGCUUUGUACACCCAGAGUUAACAGACCCAACACUAACUUGUAUAUGUAUGUGCUGUGUACUUUUUUUUUACACUUUUAUUAUUUUUUAUGUACUUGAGUCAUUUAUUUUUACUUUUUACUUUUUUCUACCGCCGUUGCCAUCGCGUUUGAAUUUUUUUUUCCCGUACCGUUCGAAUAUCUUUCCCGCGUCAACAUCCCUUCUCUUUUACCUGCCAACAUUUUUUUACCCAACGCAACCAACGACCCCGAUCGGUCAGUACUCGUGGAGACGUCGCGAUAUAGAGUAUAUAUGUGUAAUAUAAGUUUAGGGAAAAUAUUAUUACGAAGUUUUUUAAGUUGUUAAUGCCGUUUUUUUUUUUUUAAAUUGUUGGUUUUAUUUAAUAAUUGUGAGGUUUAUUACGGAUUUUUUUACUUGUGACCAAUGCAAUGAGGAUCUAGUCUAAGAAGGACUUUGGAAACGUAUGUUAAAAAGAGCGAAGGAGUAAGUUGCAAGAUGUCGGAUUUAGGUACAGACAAUCCAGCAUUCAGCAACGCGGAUGAAUGCAUAGAUACCAGUACAAAUGGAAACCUUGAAAAUAGUCAUACAGAGAGUGUUCAACAGGAACAUAAGGACAAGUCAUCGCUUAUCAGUAACGGACAUUCUUUCGUGUCUCAACAUUACGUUGAACCAACUCAGAAUACUCCGGAUGUUCAAUACAAGACUGAAACCAGGAUUGAGGUCCCUAAUAAUGGAGAAGAAAAGACUUCAAAUACUGUUAAAGCCAAUGGUGUUAAUGGAAAUAGCAAUAACAACGAUGUAAGCUUUCUUAACACAAGUGUUACGAGUGCUCAAAUAAACGAUGGUAAAAAGGAGCAAAUUGAGGCCGUGAAUUUGGAGCUGGUAUCGAUGAGACCUUAUACAGGAAAUAAUUUGCAAACUAAGGGACAAGAAGCUUGUGAAUUACCAAGUGAUCCGUAUGAAGAAUAUUUUGUGCCGGUCAAUGAACAUCGAAAGUAUAUCAGCAGCAGUCCAAGAGCGGAGAUCGAAACAACCGUGGCUGGUGUCCGAUUUGAUUUGGGACCGGGUGUUGGCCGCGAAGGACUUAGCCUCCGAGAUCCAACCGCUGGACUUGUCGACUACUCCCAUUGGCUUAAUGCCUUAAGAGGAGAAAAACUUUAUGUUACCAAGGACAAAAGAACCAAAAGUUCUUAUUGGCGACGAAUAGCUUGUUGGACUUUUGGAUUAACUGUAUUAGCACUUGCAUUAGUAAUUGCUAUUUUAGCCGGAACUGGGGUGAUUUUAACGCAAGAAGCUACGCAACCACUGGAUAAUGAUCAUCAGCGGUCACUGGAUGAUGUUAAUACUGCCGGAAGUAAAGAAUUUAUAAAGAAUCCACCAGCUAGUCCACCGCCGGAAACAUCUACUUUCCCACCAUGGCAAACAACCGACGAGAGUAUGCUAAAAACAGUACCUGAAGCGGUUGAAGGAAGUAUCUGGCUAGAUAAUCUUAUUUGGAAUGAUGACCUGAUGGAUGCAAAGUCGAGAGUUUAUCGAAGUACAGCUAUGGAGAUUGAAAACAGUUUGAGAGAUAUGAUACUUCCGGUUGGCUCGAUAACUAUUGUCAAAGUGUAUAAUAUUACUAGUAAUGGUCAAGUAAUGUUUAGAAUUGGUUAUCCGCCGACACCGACUCCAGAGAUGCUUCAAGAAAGUAUUGAGAAAAAGCUUAGAGAAAAUAAUAACAUGAUUGGAAAGUAUCAUCUUACAAGAAUGAAUGUUAAACGUUUAGUCGAUGAAUGUCAAUAUGGUUAUUUGAAUUGUUCUGGAAUUUGUAAAUUUGAUUACAUUCAUGCUGUAUUCAGCUGUGAAGAAGAUUACUUGAGUGAUAUUAGUCUUGAUGAUGAUGAAGACCCUAAUUUAACAUCUCUUGGAGAUAUGGUUCAAGGUCGAGGACGUAUUCCUGAGCAUUCAUUUGAAUCUGAAGAUCAUGAUCAUUGGAUGCAUCAUCAUUAUCAUGAACAUAUAGGAUCAGUUACAGAAAUAAAUAUUAAUACGGUAAGUCGACCUCAAUUUGAAUCCACGCUUCAAACAGAUACAGAACCAAAGUCACAGUCUGAACCUGUAGCCGAACCUACUCCUGAACCUUCAGCAGAGCCUAAGCCUGAGCCGGAAUCUAAUACAACCUUUGAGACUAUUUUCGAACUUAGUGCGGAACCAAAAGCAGAGUCAGAACCUAUUGCCGAACCUACUGCAGAACCAAAAGUAGAACCAGAGCCUACUGCCGAACCAAAAGCAGAGCCAGAGCCGAUUGCUGAACCAAAAGCAGAGCCAGAGCCGAUUGCCGAACCAAAAGCAGAGCCAGAACCUAUUGCCGAACCAAAAGCAGAGCCAGAACCUAUUGCCGAACCAAAAGCAGAGCCAGAACCUAUUGCCGAACCUACUGCAGAACCAAAAGCAGAGCCAGAGCCAACUGCCGAACCAAAAGCAGAGCCAGAGCCUACUGCCGAACCAAAAGCAGAGCCAGAACCUAUUGCCGAACCUACUGCAGAACCAAAAGUAGAGCCAGAGCCAACUGCCGAACCAAAAGCAGAGCCAGAGCCUACUGCCGAACCAACAGUAGAGUCAGAACCUGUUGUCGAACCUACUGCGGAACCAAAAGCAGAGCCAACUGCAGAAUUAAAAGUAAAGCCAGAGCCUGCUCCUGAACCUACUGCCGAACCAAAAGCAGAGCCAGAGCCUAUUGCCGAACCCAAAGCAGAGCCAGAACCUAUUGCCGAACCUACUGCGAAGCCAGAGCCCAUUGCCGAACCGACUGCGAAACCAGAACCUGUUCCCGAACCUGAACCAAUCGCCGAAUCUACUGACGAACCGAAAGCAAAACCUGAGCCAAUCGCUGAACCUGAACCCUCUGCAGAGCCACAAGCAGAGCCUGAAUCAAUCACUGAACUCGAACCUACUAUGGAACAAAAAGGAGAGCUUGAGCCUAUUGCAGAAUCGAUAACAGUAUUUGAACCUGCCCCAGAACCAAAAUCAGAAUCUGAGUUAAAAGCAGUAUCUGACAUUCUUAAUGAACCUACAGAAGAAUCUAAAUUAGAGUCGAAGCCUGAGAAUCCUUUGGAACCAACAGCAGCGCCUGAACCAAUAACAAAGCCCCCAUUAGACAAUAAUACUUUUUCAGGACCAACAUCUGAACUAAUGACGGAAUCCGAUUUAAGGAUAGAAAACCAAUUUGAAAAAGAAUUAAAACCUGAUGCUGAAGCUCCAAGAGAACCUAAACUCGAAGUCGAAGUCAAAACUGAGCCUACAGUAAAUUCUACAUUAAAACCUGAUUUUCCUGAAGUUACUGACUAUUUAAAUCCCAACUUAAAAUCUUUUGAAUCUUCCACAACACAGUUACCAAUUGAUUCUAGAUUUAACGUUGAUUCCAACCCAGAACCACUUCCAGUUAUACCUUUAUCAACAUCGAUAGAUACUAAUUCAUUAAUGGAUGUUUCAAAAGAAAUUUCUGAAAUGUUGCCUACUGCAAUACCUAAAAUAAGCGAUAUACAGUCAGAUGAUCCUUAUCAUCAUCAAACUGACGACAAAUCUUUCGAAAGUACUACAUUGAUAGAACUUGAAAAUGAAGAUAGCACUGUGAAUCCCACGAUGAAAUCAUCUGACUUUGAAGAAAUUGAAUAUUCAACAAUUAUGGAACAAAACUCAACAACCAUACCGAAUAUUUCUGAAACUCAUUCUACAGAUUUAUCAACAAUUAUGCCUGCAACAAAGACUCAAAAUUCUAAUAAUUCAAGUGUCGUAGAUCAAGUAUCUAAUUCAGGUUUUCCAAAAGUGCCACAAGAGAUAAUUGAAAAUAUCGAACCUUUAAAUGAUUCAGUAAAUAAUUCUACACCAUCAUACAGGAAAGAAGAUAAUCAAACAAUAAUUUCGCAAUUAACUCCCGAACUAAUAGAUCCGUAUAUGCUUAUUAAAAAUUCAUUAGAAGCAAUUAAAUUAAAUGAAAAAUUCGAUAGCACAACUAUUUCAUCAAAUAGUCAACCAUUAGCUAUGUCAAACGGAACAACUGAAAAUAGAAUUGGAGAAGUUACAAUAAUGUAUGAGAAAGAUAAAAAUCAUGAAGUAAUGUCACCAUUUUUACCAGAAAUAAUUAUUGAAAAAGAUUCAUCAAAAAAAGCACCAAGAUUAGAUAAAGAUGAGCAACAUUAUCCAAAUCCAUUUGAGCCAAAUGUAGAGGAUGUAAUUGUGCAUAAUCUUGACUCCAAAACUGACACGCUAAUAACAUUAAAUUAUGACGUGAACGGAACUGAAUUCACAGACUUAGUCAACAAAUUCAAUGUAUCCCACGGUGCUCAACAGACUGAAACGAGUCACAAAGAGGAUGCUAGUAUAGUUGACAUGAUGACCACUAUGACAACUACAUUAUUGAAUACACAGAUAAACUUAGCAAUGACUAAGAAGCCGGUCGUUGAUGCCGAAGACCUUGAGAUACGACCCAUGGAUGGUAUGAUUACGAGUAAAGUUAUGAAUGACAUGCACAUUGAGCAAAAUAAUAAUUCAAAUGCUAAUGAUGAUAAAUCACAAGAAAAUAAUGAUAAAGUUAUGAAUGAUCCUGUAAGUGUGACAGUAAUUCCACGAGAAAAUGAAAAAUUAUACGGAGGAAUAAUAAAUAAUCAAUCAACAGAUUUCGAUGAGUCAAAAUCUAUAACAGAAAUUGAUAAAAAUCAAGAUUCAUCAGAUUCACACAAUAAAUUUGAUGAAAAUGCCGUAGAAGAUCAGUAUAAUGAUAUUAUAGAAGAGAGAAUUUCAAAGAAAAUUGAAAGUAACGGUUCAAAAUUAUCGAAUAAAAAUUUAUUACCCGUAGACCCGACUGUGAAGUCAACGACAGUAAAGAAUAAUAAAACUACCUUAACAAUUGAUGAUAAUACUACUUCAGAUUUUAUCAGUGAUUUAAAUAAUGUAAAAACGAUACUAAAAGUAACAUCGGAAGAACCAGUAAAAGAUAAAACAGAUGAUAAUAAUAAAUUUACAACUGAAAUUCCAAUCAUGCCUGUAGAGAUUCAACAAGAUAUUUCAACAACUGAAAUAACAGAAAAAAUUGAAUCAACAAUGAUGAGCAAUUUAGAUAAUAUUGUAACUAAUGUAGCAGAAAUAACUACACCAAUGUCAUUCGUUGAAUCAAAAAUGACUACUAUGCAAACUCCAAUUAUGCCAAAAGAGUUUAUGACUACGGAAAUUAGUAUGCCUGAAAAAAUACCGCUAACUACUAGUUUCCCAUCAGAAUCUAUGGAAUCAACAACUGAAAAUCUUAAUUCAAGACAAGAUAAUGAACCAACAACAGAGUCUCCAAAAGUUUCUACUGCUGGUUUUGAAGAUAUAAAACCCGUUUCGGAAUUAAUUUUUGAUGAUCCAGACCCAGAUAUAUUUGAUCAUACUAAAUUUUUUACAACAACUGAAUCAGCAUUAGUGGAUCAAACACUUAUGGAUCAAUCAGUAUCUGACGAUCUUUCAGAAGAAUUAUUGAAAAUAAUACCUUUAGAUAUUGAUGAUGUAAAAGAAAAAACAUCAAUGGAAACUACUGAAAUUCCAGCAAUAGUUAAAAUGAUAAAUACAACAGAUAUUUCAAUGUCAACUGUUGAACAGAAUAUGUCAUCUGUACCAAGACUAAAAAUAAUUGAAAUCACUUCCGCUUCUCAGCAGCCGCAAAUUUGGAAUCAUAGUUUAAUUAUAAAUAAUACCACUAGUGUCCCUCAAACUCAUCAAACGGAACAAAUGAAUUCACGAAUGAAUAAUAUUGCAAGCGUUCAUCCAACUCCGGAUGCCAUUCCAGUUUACGAAGCAAUUGAAGAGGAUGAAGAAAAUCCUAUGAUAAUACCUUUCAAUAGAAUGAAAAAUAUUAUUCCAUUACCCAACACAACAAUCCGAUUAAAAGAAGAACAAGAAGAAGAACAACAACACCAACAACAAAGUGAAAACGUAAAUAAAGAUAUUACAACUACUGGUAUAAUGUCAACUACAGUUGCAACAACACAAACAAUGAGUCCAGAUGAAAAAUCAACGAUGGCAUUUAAAUUUUCAAAAUGUAAUAUCGGACAAUUUCAAUGUGUUAAUGGAACAUCGCGAGAUGGAGCAUAUUGUGUAAAUUUAUCAUCAAAAUGUGAUUCUGAAAAUGACUGUUCAGAUGGGUCUGAUGAAUUAAAUUGUCAAAAUGAUGGUUGUCCAGGUAAUUUCCAAUGUAAAAGUGGGCAAUGUCUAGGUAGACAUCUUGUUUGUAAUGGAAUUGUUGAUUGUGAUGAUGGCAGUGAUGAAGUUAAUUGUAAAGACUGGGCUUGCCAUUUUGAUGAAUUUAAAUGUCCAAAUGGAAGAUGUAUUCCAGAUCUUUGGCGCUGUAAUGGACGACCAGACUGUGAAGAUCACAGGGACGAAUAUUCAUGCUCAAAAAGUUGCGGUAAUGAUGAGUAUUUAUGUCCUAGUGAAAACUGGUGUAUUCCUCAAACAUGGCGCUGUAAUGGUGUACCAGAGUGCGCAAAUGGCGAAGAUGAAAAACUUUGCGACUGUUCAUUAGAUCAAUUCAAAUGUCAAACUGGUGGUUGUGUUGCUUUAGAGCAAGUAUGCGAUGGUAUUGAACAUUGUCCUGAUCGUUCAGAUGAAUGGGAUUGUUUAUUAACUAAUACAACAAAUUUAAAUCAAUCAAAUUCAGAUGAUAAUGAACGACAAGUACCAAUUGGACAACCUAUGCUAUUAAAAAUUAAAAAAUCUGACAAUAAAUAUUAUUCCGUUUGCGGAGAUAAUUGGACUAAAAAUCACAGCGAUUUAUACUGUAAAUUACUUGGAUACUUUGGCUCGGAAACAACAGAAACUAUUGAAAUAAAUGAUUAUGAUAAAAUUUUACGAUUGAAAGAAUUAAAAGAAAGUCACUAUCAAGACACGAUGAAUCUUAUUGCUGAUUUGGAAUUAUCAGAUCAUUGUACAUCCAAACAAUUUGUAAAGGUUUCGUGCCAAGAAUUUUCUUGUGGAUCUUUAGACAAUGAAGGGCCAACGGCUCGAUUAGUUGGUGGUACAACAGCGGGUGAAGGACAAUGGUCAAGUGUUGCAUUAUUAAAAGAAAUUAAAAGUGGUACUGCAUGUACCGCAAGUGUUUUAGGCCCAAUGCAUGCCUUGGCCAGUUAUUCUUGUAUUCAUAAAUACAGACAAAGUAACAAUUGGGAAAUAUUUACUGGUCGUGAUCUUCAAAAAUCAACUCAAGUCAAAAAUAUAAUUCCGUAUCCGCAAGUUAAAUAUAAUCAAUUUUUGUACAAUGAUGACAUUGCUUUAAUUCAACUUGAAGAACCACUCGUAUUUUCAAGAAAUGUAUCUGCUGUUUGUGUACCCAAUCAACAAUUUCAGCCAAGAGCUUUAUGUGUCACUGCUGGCUGGGGAUUCCCAUUAAAUGGUGAAAUAAAUUUAAAACUAAAAUUUUUACCGAUACCAAUUUACAAUACUGAAGAAUGUAAUGCAACUAGUCAUUACGCUGGAUUUAUAACGAAAAGCAAUAUUUGCGCAGGAUUUACUGGUGCUGACAAGGGAACAUGUUAUAAUGACGAGGGUGCACCAUUGAUGUGCGCUAGUGAAACUGGACGUUGGGAAUUACAAGGUUUACUUAGCCAUCAUAGCAGAUGCUCAAGAGAUCAUCCAGCUAUUUAUUCAAGUCUCAGUCCAGCAAUCUCUUGGUUACAGCAUUCGAUUCCUGCUCUUCAGAAUCGAAUUUAAUAAUAAAAUUUUUAAAAAAUUAUUAUUUAAUUUAAAAACAGCAAGUAAUGCUUUUUUCUGUUUUAAUUUUAAGGAAUCAAAUUGUUAUUAAUUAACGAAACAAAAUAAUUAUUCCUUUUAUGUCUUCCUCAUAAAAUAAAUUCUUCUUAAAUGAAGAAUAUGUAAAUAUUGUAAAAAGUUAAUUGUUCAAUAAGAUUGCAGAUUUUUUUUUAAUACAUAUAUGAUUAUCGGGUCCAUUUAUUUAGGUAUUUGAGUACAGGUUUAUUACCGUUACUCUAAUCUAUAACAAUUAGUAUGUAUAUAUAAAUAAGAUUUAAAAUUUUUUUAUAUUUUUAAACAUUGAUAUGAAAUUUAUUUUUAUUAAUUCCAUUGUUAAACAAAAAAUUUAAUAAAUUUAUAUAUAAUAGAAAUAUUAUUAAUAAAUAUU